AUGCAGGCCAACACCUACACAUCUAUCUAUCUAUCUAUCUAUCUAUCUAUCUAUCUAUCUAUCUCUAUCAUGUCUUUUUCUCGACUAUCAUUUUCUUUCUUUAUUAUCGUCUUCUUUCUUUCUCUCUUUUUCUUUCUUUCUUUCUUUUUCUUUUCUUUCUUUCGUAUCGGUUUCUUUCUUUCCUUCUUUCUUUUUUCUUUACAAUCAUUUUCUUUCUUUCUUUCUUUCUUUCUUUCUUUCUUUCAUUUCGAUUUCAUUCUUUCUUUUUAUUGUGUUGAUAAGUUACAUUUAGGUAAGUGCUCAUUUUCAACCGUCGCGUUUAUCUAUGCCCGACUCCACCACAACCACCUUAGGUCCCUUACUCUCUUUAUCUAUAUAACUCUCUCCUCUAUUAUAGGCCAAUUCUUACUCCACCGCCUUUAUUUGCUCCUCCUCCUUUCACUUAUCUUCUCCAUUCCUCUUUUUUUUCUGUCUUUCUUCUUCAUUAUCCAGUAUAUCUUCACCUCUCUCAUAUUAUCUUUAUCUCUUCUUCCACGGCGACAGAUUGCCUCCCCACAAAACUUGACACAGACUCAAUAUCAGCCAUCCACAUAUAAUAUUCGAUUAAUCUAUCUAUCUAUCUAUCUAUCUAUCUAUCUAUCUAUCUAUCUAUCUAUCUAUCUCAAUCUGCAAUAUUCGAUCCCAGAUAAUAAAAGUUGUUACCCUCUCGAUUCACUUGUUAUAAUAUUAAUCACAGUUUCAAUCAUAUCUAUCUAUCUAUCUAUCUAUCUAUCUAUCUAUCUAUCUAAACAAUCUAUCUAUCUAUCUAUCUAUCUAUCUAUCUAUCUAUCUAUCUAUCUAUCUAUUUGA